CUCCCCUAGUCUCCUACUGCUCUCCUCCCCCAACCUAACGUUCACCUCCCUAUUUAUUUCCGAGCUCCGCUUCUCUCUCCUCCCGUGCAUCCGCGCCGCGCCCCGACCCCAAGCCCAUGUCCUCUACCUGAGCGCCUCACAAAUCCAAUCCCACUUCUCUGUCUGAGUCCGACCUCGCCGCCGUCUCGUCGCUCCUCCCGGCUUCCCCCGCCGAUUCGGUUCCGGAACCGCGUUUUUCUCGGCUGCUUGUUGCUUUAUAAUUACUGGUAGGUCGUCGAUUUUUGCCCGCUGAUGGUGGCGAGGAUGAUGCGGUGGCCGCGGCCGCCGGCGGCGCGCAAGUUCCGGGUGCGGCUGGUGGUGCGGCGGGCGGAGGGGUUGCCGCUGCCUGCGCCUGCGGUGGAGCCGGCCUCGCCGGAGCGGGAGGCGGCGGGCGCCGCGCCGCCGAGGGCCGUCGCGGCGGAGGUGAGGUGGAAGGGGCCCAGGGCGUCGGCGCUGGGCUCGCUGCGGCGCGCCGCGGUCAGGCGCAACCGCACGCGGGAGGAGGCGGAGGCGGCGUGGGAGGAGGAGUUCGAGAGCGUCGUCACGCUCGCGGCCGCGUCGCAGCGGGAGGGCGCCGCGUUCCAGCCCUGGGAGCUCGCCUUCUGCGUCUUCAGCGACAUCAACAUAGGGGCAAAGAAUAAACCAUCAAUUCUGGGAACUGCUUCUCUCAACCUAGCAGACUAUGCAUCAGCAGCUGAGGAGGUGAUUGAGAUAAUUCUCCCAUUGUCUGUACCUGGUGGUGAACCUGAAUCAGCCCCAUCCCUUCACCUCACUCUAAGUAUGGUGGAACUAAGAGCUGUUCAAGAAACGUCCGAUGCAUCACAACGACCUGCUGCAACCUUUCCAUUGUCCCCAUCAUCUGGUGAUUCUCUUCCUGGAGGAAAAGAUGAGGUUUCAGUUAUCAAAGCAGGGCUGAGGAAAGUAAAAAUUCUCACAGAUCUGGUGGCGACACGAAGGUCCAAGAAGACUUGCCAAGAUGAUGAAGGCGGCGAAGAUAAGUUCUGUGUUAACAGUGAUGGUGCUGAAUAUCCAUGUGAUACUGAGUCUCUCGAUGACGAUCUGGAUGACAGAGUACAGGAAGAUGAAAUUGGGGAUUCAACUAUCAGGAAGUCCUUCAGUUAUGGAUCGCUGCAGUCUGUCAACUAUGUCGGUGGCCUAGUUUAUGCCCAUGCAAAGAUUGAUGGGGAGCAUGAGGACUGGAUAUAUUAUAGUCACCGAAAAUCUGAUGUCGGUUAUCAUGUAGAGAAAAUGUUGCCAUCGACCACUGAGGAGACUGUGUUGCCAACUGCUAAACGGAGUAUACUUCCUUGGAGGAAGAGGAAAUUGAGUUUAAGAUCACUGAAGGCUAAAGGUGAACCUCUGUUGAAGAAGGCAUAUGGGGAAGAGGGAGGUGAUGAUAUUGACUAUGAUCGACGCCUGCUAACCUCUUCUGAUCAAUCUGUUUCAGAGGGAUCAAGAGCUGAAGAUGGAUCAGCAAAUGGUAUGGUGUCAGAAUUUGGUGAUGAUAAUUUUAUUGUGGGGAAUUGGGAGUUCAAGGAGAUAAUCAGCCGUGAUGGCCAUAUGAAACUUUCGUCCCAGGUGUUCUUUGCAUCAAUAGACCAGAGAAGUGAGCGAGCAGCUGGGGAGAGUGCAUGUACAGCACUUGUGGCUGUUAUUGCAGACUGGUUCCAGGCAAAUCGGAAUAUGAUGCCUAUUCAGUCACAGUUUGACAGCCUUAUCCGUGAAGGAUCACUAGAGUGGAGAAACCUUUGUGAGAACGAGACAUAUAGAGAGCGCUUUCCUGAUAAGCACUUUGAUCUUGAAACUGUCCUUCAUGCCAAGAUUCGCCCACUGACAGUCUCCCCAAGCAAAUCUUUUAUUGGAUUCUUCCAGCCUGAAGGCGAUGAGGACAUGGGCGGUUUUGACUUUCUUAAUGGCGCCAUGUCAUUUGACAGCAUCUGGGAUGAGAUUACCCAGGCGGCAGAGUUCUCAUCUAGUGACAACCCUAACCUAUACAUAGUGAGUUGGAAUGACCACUUUUUUCUCCUCAAGGUUGAGCAUGAUGCAUAUUACAUUAUCGAUACCCUUGGAGAGAGGCUCCAUGAAGGGUGCAGCCAGGCAUACAUUUUGAAGUUUGACAACACUACCACGAUUCACAAGGUACAGGCUGAAAAGAAACCUUCUAGCCCCGACUCAAGCGGACCAUCAAAGGAUUCUUCAGGUCCUGAGAGCUCUUCAACUGACCAGGACAGUGAGAAUGAUAUUGGAGAGGACAUCCUUGUGUCCAAGGGCAAAGAAUCAUGCAAAGAAUACAUCAAGAGUUUCUUGGCAGCCAUACCAAUCCGGGAACUACAGGUAGACAUCAAGAAAGGACUGAUGGCAUCAACCCCGUUGCACCAUCGCCUCCAAAUUGAGUUCCACUACACCCAAUCUUCCCCAAAAGAGAUUGCAUCCGCCCCUCAGCUUCUUGCCACCGAUGCCCCUUUUGAGUUCUCAUGGCCUGAGGCAACACCAACGAUGGAAGUUGCGCUAACACCUGUAGUCUCCGUUGUAUAGCUUGUUGCCAUGGGUGGCUGAGACACGACAACAGUCUGCCCUGAUGUUCAACAUCAAGAGCCUCUUUUUCCUUGAGCCGUGGUAUGACGCAGAACCUAGAUGAAGACUUAGUCCCUUUUCUGUUUGUACUAAUUUAUCUAGUAUGAACUGACCCAGGCAUAGCCGCAUAGGAGCAUUCCGCCUGAAUUUUGUAUAGAGGUGUAUGCUCCUAUCUUCCCUCAUCUGCUGCUUUGUAAUCUUUUGGAGCCUUGUAUGACUAAUCAAUGAGAAAUGUCCCCCCUGUUAUAAUGAACUACGGGCCUGUUUAUCUGUA